CCUUAAAUAGUUUUUAGUUUUAUUUCAAUGUCUAACAUUCGCGUAAACAUAAGAAAUCAUUAUGCACUUUGGGAUGUUAAUAGUGAUUCCGUACUCGUUGAGCCUCUUAAAAACUGUUUCCAGGUGUUCCUUGUGCUCUUCCUCUGUUAAACUACUAAUCAAUACAUCAUCUACAAACGUGAAUACAAAGUCUAGAUCUUGAAAAACUAUAGCCAUGAAUUUUUUAAAUGUUUGCGCGGCAUUUCGCAUACCAAAAGUCAUUCUAGGGAAUUCAAAAAGACCGAAUGGUGUUAUAAUGGCAGUUUUCUCAAUAUCUUUUUCGGCUACCGGAAUGUAAUGAUAUGCUCAAUUUACAUCUAGUCUCCGAAAACACUUUUUUUCCCGACAACAUGUAAGUGAAAUCCAGAAUUCUAGGGAUUGGGUAUCUGUCGGGUUUUGUGAUAGAAUUGAGCCGUCUAUAGUCCCCACAAGGUCUUAUUUCCCCAUUUUUCUUGGGUACAAUAUGUAAUGGACUGGCCCAUGGGCUUUUCGAAGGCCGACGGAUCCCUAACUCCUGCGUAAUCCUAAAUUCGUCUUUCGCUUUUUUGUAUCUAUCAGGUGGUAAAGGUCUAGCUCUGGCAAAUACGGGUGGUCCCUUCGUCUCUAUAUGAUGGCACACAUUGUGUUUAGACGGUUCUUUAAAAUUAAUAGGCCUAGUAAUAUCAGGGUACUUGCAUAAUAUUUCAUGAUAUGGAUGAUUUUCGUCUACUGUCUUCACAGCGGAUUCCCUGGAAUUAAUUACCGAUGCAUGCAUACUUUUAAGUUUGUUACAUUAUCAACAAGUUUCCUAGACUUUAAGUCGACUAAUAAUCCAAAUUCGUUCAAAAAAUCUGCACCUAAACGUAGACCUGUGUUGGAAUCUGUGACGCUGAGGCGGUGAGAUGGCUGGACAGUGCGAGUCUCCGCCACGACUUACACUCCACCUAGUUUUCCGACUUCUUCUUCCACGCGCACGGUUGAAUACAUUUGCGAGCUUUCUUCUUGUAUCUGAAGUGGUAUGUACACAACCAAUCUGGAUCAUUCGGUGUACGCCUGUUGGUUCCACGCGAUGUUGAGCGACGUCCUCCAUAAUAACGAUUCCGUGAAAAGCUUCUCCCCCGUCUUCCGCACUGACAUUGAUAGUGACUUCUGCUAGGCUGUUCUCCUUGUUUUUUCUCUAUGUUUUCCAAUCUCGUACUUAAUUUGGACAACUCUGCUACUCUUGUGUUUGUACCUGUCUGUAGGUCUACUUCUGCCACUUGCAUGGGUCGUGUGGCUUCCAUAACGGUGUCUGCGGUGACCGCCAAACUAUCUAAAUUCUUUGUGUCGGAUACCGACAACACUGCUCUCGCUGCCGACCGAAGGUGAUUCUGCCAUAAGAUACGCAGUGUGUCGACCGGUAUUUUUGCUCGCGCCAGGUCACGCAUACGCCUAAGCAGCUGGGAAGGUUUCUGUUUUCUAGAAGUAUGGAUGAAUUAAUUCAUAUUUAUACAUCAUACAAAUUUAUAAUUUUUUUUUACAUGAACAUUUUUUACAUUUUAUAUUUUUUAUGUUCAUAUUUCCUUAAAAUUUUCGUUUUUAUAAAGCUAUGAGAAUAUAUGUUAUAUUGUGUUUUACAGUUUAUUUUUGUAACCAUAUUCGUGUUAAAGUAAACAUUAGCAUUCGUAAAAUUGUUUUUUUUCAAGCGCACGUGUUGCAGAUCACGUACUUUUUAUUUGGUUUAUAUUAUUAGAAUUUAGGUAUUGCGAAAUUUGCAUUUGGCACAGAACAUUGUAAACGUACGAAAAAUCAUUAGCAAUGACAUUUAAUUUUUGUUUGGAUGAAAGUAUAAAGCGGUACUCACAGCAGAAAUUUAUUCAUUUCGUUUUGAUUAUUAGUUUUUCACAAAAGUCUGAAUUUAUUAGCAUUCAUCAUGGGAUGGGGACAAAGUAAAAUUGAGGAUAGCAACAAGGUUGUAGUCCAAGCUCAAGCCAUAGACAAUCAAACUAGAGUAGAAUCCAAGUUAGACUAUUUAGCAAUUACAUCACUGGUUGGCGUAAUUUUACUAAUGUGCAUCAUUUUGUUUACUCUACGGCGGCAAUGUUUAAAAACCGCUAAAGGUUGGUUGAGAAACAAGUGGUAGCCAGCGCUGGACUAGAGCGACCCGUCGUAAGGGUACACAGUCCACACCGCAGCAGCAGCAGCAGCCAACCUACUGAAGUAUAGUGAGAUAGUUUGUGCUUAGUGCGAGUUUUUUUAACGCGUCGAUCGCGUUAAAGUAAACGUGUUAUUGUAUGGUAUUUGAUCAGCGCCGCCUAGUGUCAUAAAUGUAAAACAUAAUUUGUGAGUGCGAGAUUUGUUUAUGUUACACAGUCGAUAGCGACGAUCGAAUAUAUGAACGAGCGAGCAAAUUAACGCGCGUGAUCAGCGCUUUUGCGAGUGCGAGUUACAAAUUUUUGACGUUUGACAGUUCGAAUGGUUAAGUUUUCACUUACGCGGUGGUAAAGUUAUUCACAUAAGUUUUUACAGUGAGAGUGAAUUGUAAAACGUUGUACUUUAUAAGAAAUUUGUGAUAGCGGACUUGGAAAGUUGAAAAAGAAAUGGCAUCACGCUUUUUUUUUGCUUGGAGGAUGCUUUCGAGUGCUGGGGCACAAGAUGAACGGAAUAACAGUUCUAAACUUCGUGCAAGGGCCCGCAGUGCUUACAAUCCACUAAAUAAUCUCACGGAUACUGAAUUUAGAAAAAGGUAUCGCCUUUCCAAGAGGGAAUUUAAAUUUUUAUGCAAUGAGUUAAGACGCUUAACUAAUUUAAAAUCUUCUCAACGAGUUACAUUGGAAGUAAAGUUCCUUACAGCACUAUUUUUCUUUGCAACGGGAUCUUACCAGAGACCCGUGGGAGUAGCAAAAAAUGUUUCGCAAAAAAUGUGUAGUGUCUAUAUUGAAGAGGUAACUAAGGCCCUGACACACAAAAAUAUCAUACACAAAUACAUACAGUUUCCUAACACACCAACUGCAAGACAAGCAAUAAGUCAAAGAUUUUUUACCAAAUAUCAUGUGCCUGGGAUUAUUGGAUGCAUUGAUUGCAGUCAUUUUAAAAUAUUUGCACCACCUAAAGCAGAGGAACAUUGGUACUAUUGCCGUAAGCACUACCAUUCACUUAAUGUGCAAAUGGUGUGUGAUGAUGAGUAUAGAAUAAUAAAUGUAAAUGCGAAAUUUGGAGGGGCAAAUCACGACUCAUUUAUUUGGGAAAAUAGUGAUGUAAACAACUACAUGCAGACAUUGCACCAAAACGGGGAAACAGUCUGGCUUUUAGGUGACUCUGGAUAUCCACAACAGCCAUGGUUGAUGACUCCAAUUUUAGAUGCUGCUCCCAACUCUUUAGAGUCCAAUUACAACACAAAGCACAUGCAAGCUAGAGUUGUAAUUUAGAACACAUUUGGAAGACUAAAAAGAUGGCGAUGUUUAAAAAAGGACAGAACUCUGCAUUACAAGCCAUUAAAAUGUGCUCAAAUUAUACAGGCAUGUUGUGUGUUGCAUAACAUAGGUAUUAAUUUUGGAACAAUGGAAGAGGAAGAAGUCCUAGGAUUGGAGAAUGAUGAUCAAACCCAUGAGAUCAUAAUUAGGGAGACAGAUAGUAGAUUAACUACAGAUCUUAUCAGGGGAAGACUACUGAGAGACCAAUUAAUUAGAAGAUUGCACCGAUAAAAAUAAUUAUACAGAUAGUGUUGUAAUAUUUAAAUGGUUAAAUUUAUUCUAAGAAUGUUAGUCUUAAUAACAUAUUGCAAUUUCAACUAUUUUAGUGUGCUAUGUUUAAAUAUUUUAAUUAGGUAUUUACUAUUAGCUAGCUAGUCAUUCAAUCUAUAUUAAAUUAUUAUGUUUGUAUCAAUGGAAAUGUAUUAAAAAUAAAACUAUGUAUUUAAGACAA